AUUAUUUGUGCUAUACGUGGCAACUGCGCCGUCUCUAAUUAUUUGUGCUAUACGUGGCAACUGCGCCGUCUCCAUACAUCGUCGCAUUGCGGCGGUAGCCGAAGAAGAGCGAGGCCCCCAGGCAGGAGUCGAGCACAAGACGUUAGACCAAACGCGUCGUCUUUGUUUUUUAAUUUCGACUCGAUGUUUUAUAAGGAGACAAUAAUUUUUGUUUAGUUAGUUGUCUCAAAGUUUGUAAUUUCAAGUGACAAUAAACCGAAAGUAUACAGUCCACUGAACAUUUUAUUUCGUCGAUGGUUUAUUUGUUUCCUUAAGCCAAGGGGAAAUUACAUUUUGGUCACUUCGUCCGGAUAAUUGGAUUGGAAUUUCGUCGUCGACUUGCUGUGCUGCAAGAGCUGCCUGCCGCCAUUUUGGAUCGUUGAACCGGCGUUCGGUCGGUAAAUAAGGUGGGUCCAUUCCAAAUUAUUUCCUUUUUCUGCUUCCUUGUAGUUGUUGGCAAUUUUCGUUACUAUCAAUAGUGUAAUUAGUUGUUUUUCGUCGUUUUACUCAUUUCGGGGUAAAUAUUUUGUUGAUAUUAUUUCGCCUAUUGAUAAUUUUGAUCGUUUCGUAAGCCUGAUUUUUGAUUUUCGUAAACAUUAUGAGUGUAGUAGUCGAAAACAUGGAUGUCCUUAUUCGAAAACGUGGAUCAUUUAAGGCAAAGGUCACUCAUUUUGAAAAGUACGUCGCAAAUUUGGAAAACACGUAUCCAGACAAAAUCGUGUCGGAUCGCGUUGCAUUUUUAGACUUGGAAACGCGUUAUGAACGGUUUUCACAGGUUUUUGAUGAAUUUGAGUUAGUGCAAAACGAAAUCGAAGAGUCUUGUGAUCUUGCUUCGAUAAAUUCGCAGUAUGAGGAACGCGAAAUUUUUAAUAAUGCUUAUUUUAGGUUGAUGGCCAAGGCUAAAUCAUUUCUUGCGGAUGAUAGUGUAGAUAACGUGAAAAGUAGUGGUAGGUCCGUUGCGGGUUCGGUAGCCACGCAAAAUACAAAUAUUUCGCAAAAUUUGGUUCAGGAUUUUAAACGAGUUAAACUUCCAACCAUCGAGAUUCGCACUUUCACAGGUGAAUACGGUAAGUGGUUAGAGUUCCGUGAUACCUAUGUAUCGUUAAUUCACGAAAAUGAUGCCUUAUCGGACAUACAAAAAUUUCAUUAUUUAAGAUCAUUUUUGGCGCCUAAAGUGUUGGAAGUUAUCGCGAGUUUAGGGUUUACAGGGACAAAUUACGAGGCUGCGUGGAACUUAAUCUACGGUUGUUAUAAUAAUAACAAAAUUUUGAUUCAAAAUCAUCUUCGCGGUUUAUUCACGUUAGACAAGAUUCAGGAAGAAUCUCCUUCGGUGCUAAGAGACUUAGCAGAUAAUGUGGAUAAGCAUAUAAGAUCUUUAAAUGCUCUUGGGGAAGACACCACUAAUUGGGACACCUUGUUAAUUUAUCUCGUUUCGUCUAAAUUAGAUUCCAUGUCACUAAAAAAGUGGGAAAGUGCCAAAGGUGAGGCCAAAAAAUCGUUGUUGCCAGAUUUGACUAAAUUUCUUCGAGAUCGAGCCAAUUUUUUGGAAUCGUUAGAGCAGGCAAAACCUGACAAAAAGUCAAAUUCGAAAUUUAGGGCAGGGAUGGAAUCCAAAUAUAAUAAGCAAGGUAGUUCAAGGUCUUUUGUUGCGACAGGGCAAUCGUGUUGCUAUUGUAAAAAGGAGCAUUUCAUACAAAACUGUCCAGAUUUUGUAAAUUUAAGUGUGAAUGAGAGAAUUCAGGAAGCGAAAAAAUUGCGUUUGUGUUUGAAUUGUUUGAGAGCUGGGCAUGUUUUAAAAGAUUGUCGUUCGAUUGUUUGUAAAAUUUGUAAGUUUCGGCACAACGUGUUGUUGCACAUAAAUCGAGAAAAGGCGGCGGAAACGACCGCUGCCGCUGCUACCAGUUCCUCUACUACAGAAAAGGAGGAAACUGUGAAUUGUAGCUUCGCUUCGCAUAAAAAUGAUGGUGUUCUUUUGUCAACUGCGGUAGUUAGGGUCUUGGGAAAAAACAAUAAAUGGGUUACAGCACGCGCUUUAUUGGAUCCUGGAUCGCAGAGUAGUUUUUUGUCAAGGUCAUUUGUGGACAAGCUUUCAAUACCUGUAACUAAAGUAAAUAUCAACAUUUGUGGUUUGAACGAAACUGAGUCUGCGGUUUCUGGAAAGGUGAAUGUUAAGGUCCAAUCCCGUAUAAAUGACUUUUCGUUGGAAUUAUCCUGUUUUGUUAUCCCUCUCGUUACAGGGUCGUUGCCCAAUUUCAAGGUCGACAGUCAAAAUUUGAAUAUUCCUGCAAAUGUUUCGUUGGCAGAUCCUACAUUCUGCACAAGUGGUCCUGUUGACAUGCUGAUUGGAGCCGAUUCCUUCUGGGAUUUGUUAUGUGUAGGCCAGAUCAAACUAGGGCCCAAUGGACCAUUUUUGCAGAAAAGCAAACUCGGAUGGAUAGUGUCAGGAAAGGUGGCUCGGCUAAAUAACUUGGAGGGGUACAACAGUUUGCAAUUUUGUUAA